ACUCGGGCUUUUUCACGUUGUCGGCGGUCACAUAUGUUGCUAGCUAGCCUAACAUCACAUUGCCUUUGGGUAAGAUAGCACAUUUAAUUCAGGAUACACCGCUGUGACCGUGGUGUUAUGUUGUGGUUUCACAUAUCUUAUAUAGCUUUGCGACUUGAAGAUAUGCCACAUAUCUAUGUGAAUAUCGUAUUGCGGGGUUUAAAAAUGUUAUGUCUUUAAAGUUUGGGUCUGUUUACUACUAAAAUUCACAUGCUAUGUCCUGGCCAAAUCCUGUCCCUAUAAGGAAAUGGGUGGAUUGUUGUUGAGCCUGAGAUGUUUACCAAGAUCAAAGAGAGGGCGAGAAAACGCCAUAGUCAGCUUGAAUAAGAGUACACAUUGACGCAUAAUCAGCGUGUUUGACAUAUGCCAUAGUGACGGUAGAAGGCAACACCAACACAUAAGGCGAGAGAUGACCUCGGAUAGCAGAGCCAGCAAAGCACUGAAGGUGAAGAGGGAGUGUGGUGAGAACAUGCCUGUGCUGUCAGACAGCGACCUGAUGUCCCUGUCGGUGCGGGAGCUGAACCUCCUGUUGCGCGGCCUCUCCCGCGAGGACGUGCAGAAGCUCAAACAGCGCCGGCGCACGCUCAAGAACCGCGGCUACGCCGCCAGCUGCCGCGUGAAGCGCGUGUCGCAGCGCGAGGCCCUGGAGCAGCAGAAGAAGGAGCUGCAGCGCGAGGUGGAGCGUCUCGGGGCAGAGAACGCCGGUAUGCGGCGCGAGCUGGAGGGCCUUGGCGCCCGGCUGGCAGCCCUGCAGCGCUUCGCUCGCGGCCUGGAGAGCGACGGCGGCGCCGGAGGUGGCGGCGGGGCACUGCUACACGCCACGGCACCCAGACUCAACACGGCCUCCGUCAUCACCAUCGUCAAGAGCCCGCCGCAGCAGCAGACGCAGUCGGCGGCAGCAGCUGCCAGGGAGCAGGGAGGAGCGUCGUAGGGGGAGGUGGAGGUGAUGGAGGGAUGGUCACCUCGUAGACACGCGCAAAGAAACAUUUACACAAACACUCACUCACGCACACACUCAUACAUGCACACAUUUACACACACAUGCACACAGCCAGUAACUCUUCCUCUAUUCACUUUUCUUCACUCGCUUCUGAUGGGAGUGAUGUUGCUAUGACUGACUGACUUGGAGAAUGGCAAGAUGAUGAUCAUAGUCAGUGACAUAAAGUGUUUGUUUUUUUGUUUGUUUUUUCUUUUUUAUUUCGUUAGUUUUUUGUUUUUGUUUGUUUUGUCUUUCCUGAGAACCUCACGCGCACACAUUUUGUAGUUGCAGGGAUACAAAGUGGCCCACAGGACAAUGCAAAGCAGUCAACUUUUACUCCUGUGAUAGGCAUUCAUUGGUGAAUACUCGGUACAGUGGACUUAUUGUCCUGCCAAACAUAUCUGCGUUUCAACCUUAACGAGUGUAUCCCAACGUGAUAGUCAGUCUUCUUAGAGGGAGUGUCUGUUGAGAUCUGUAGGGCUUUUUCUCCACAUAAAUAUGCUUCCAUGAAAUUUGCUCUACAUUACGGAGAGGACGUGUUCGGGGAAAGGAAACAGAGCUCUUUUUGAACUUGGCUAUCGAAACAUUCCAUGUACCGUACUGGGGGUUUUCCUUCAUAUAAAAAAGAAAAUACAGUUAGAUCAAACCCCUCAGAAUAACAUAUUCAGCCCUUUUUCUUUUCUUUUCUUUUGUUUUUGUUUAUUUGGUUAUGAUGACGCCAUUUGUCCGACCACAACAAGUGGGUUUACCAUCCUUUUUUCCAAAAAGGAAAAAAUAAAAAAGUAAGUAAAGCCUCUAUGGCAAGUUCCCACCAGUCAGACAGGAUGGUGGUGGUAAAUUCAUCCAGUGUGCCAACACUGGGCCACCUCCUAUGGAAACUCUUCCGACCAGUUGUAAUAAUAAAUAACAAUACAUCCUCAUUAUUCAGCAGUCAUAAGUAAGCAUAGGGCUACGCCGUCUGUUUUGAAUGAAGAAGAGUUGAUUUGACACCCAAACAGACAGACAAGUACAGCCUGUAGUCGUCUUUUGGUAAUCGCGUUGGUGAGCAGUUUGUCUGUCUGUGGGUAAUAUUGCUCUGCUUAAGUGUUCGACCACUCUUUUGCCGCUUCCACCCCCCCACGAGUACAAAAAGCUCCACAAAAAACUGUUGGUGAACAUCUGUCGUGCUUCACUGUGUUAUUACUACCAGUGUAUAGCUUUCUCUCUUCUAUAUAUGUGUGUGUAUUUAAUAUGCAUAACAUGAUGAAUACAUGUUUAGUGUGAAGUGUACUACAGUGUGCGCUAGCAAACAAAAGUGCAAGCUAGGCUAAUGUCUGUGACUUUCAACUAAGUGCUAGUUGGUGAGUUUUUUGCUGGAACCACAUAGUUAAGGGGUCCCCAUAGAAUGCCACGUCCGAGCAAGUCUAUGGAUACAUUCCUUUUUAUUAUUAUUAUUGUUAUUAUUAUUAUCAUGUUGUAAUGUUUGUACAAAAAAAGAUACGACAAAAAUGUUCGGUAACAUUUAUCAAGAGUUAUUUUAUUUGUAUUUAAAAAAAAGAAUAGAGAUGACAAAAAGCUAACGAGUGCUGUGAUGUUUAAGUCCAAAUACUGAAGUAUACGCCUGUCUUACAUUGGGGUAUGAUAUGAUUAUUUUUGUAAUGUUUAACUAUUGUGAUAAGCAGUUUUGAUGUCCCUUAGGCAGGUGGUCCAGUUGCUUUAAUUAUUAUGGUUUUUGUGUAAUACCUGGAUAGUUAUAUUUGUACUAAUGUCAUUAGUGGCUUGUUUGUAGUGGUAUUUGUAUUUAAAGAUCAGGGUGAACACAUUAUUUAUGAUUUUUUGUUUUGUUUUUGUUUUGUUUUUCUCAACGUGACUUAAGAUACUUUCAGACCGAAGAGGAACGAGAAGGUAUACAUAAAUGGAUACCCUUGAUUAGAAUGAAAGACAAGAACGUACGUGACGUGAAGAGUAGGGGACAGAAAAGAAAGAUGGUUUAAUGAAAGGUUAAUGUGGUUUUAAUAAAAAAGUAGAUGGUGAAAGAAUGUGACAAAGGUAUGAUGAAGAGAGAUGUGUUGGACGUUUAGAACAUGUGUU